UUCGGCGCCAGCAGCCCAGACACGCCGCUCGCCCUCAGCGUUCGGUCCUGCCUGGAGAGCGCCGCGCGGUCUGCGUCAUGGCGACUCCUGAGUCGGCGGCUCCUGCAGCAACCGACAUGGACACCACCGACAUCUUUGGCGACGGUGACGACGGCGAGGACCUUGGCGAGGAGAUUGCGCGGGCAGAGCCCGACGAGAUUGCGCAGCGGACGCGGAUGCUUGAGAACGAGAUCAAGGUGCUGCGGAACGAGAACUCGCGGCUGCUGCACGAGCAGCAGACGCAGAAGGAGAAGAUCAAGGAGAACGCCGAGAAGAUCAAGCUCAACAAGCAGCUGCCGUACCUCGUCGCCAACGUCGUCGAGCUGCUAGACAUGGAUCCGGAGGACGAGCCCGAGGAGGACGGCGCGAACAUCGACCUUGACGCACACCGCAAGGGCAAGUGCUGCGUGCUCAAGACGUCGACGAGGCAAACCAUCUUCCUCCCGGUCCCCGGCCUCGUCGAGCCGGACAGCCUCAAGCCUGCAGACCUGGUCGGAGUGAACAAGGACUCGUACCUCAUCCUCGAGGCGCUGCCGGCCGAGUUUGACUCGCGCGCGAUGGAGGUGGACGAGAAGCCGACGGAGCAGUUUAACGACAUAUGGGGGAGAUGUGGCGGACUCGAGGACCAGAUCCAGGAGCUCAUCGAGGCGAUCGUGCUGCCGAUGACACACAAGGAGCGCUUCGCCAACCUCGGCAUCAAGCCGCCAAAGGGAGCGCUCAUAUAUGAGCGCUCAUGCACCGGCAAGACGCUCAUCGCGCGCGCUUGCGCGGCGCAAACCAACGCCUGCUUCCUAGGACAGCUCGCGGGGCCUCAGCUGGUCCAGAUGUUCAUCGGCGACGGCGCGAAGCUGGUGCGCGACGCCUUCGCGCUCGCCAAGGAGAAGCCGCCAAUCUCCCCAUAUCUCCCCACAUCUCCCCACACCUCCCCACAUCUCCCCAUAUCUCCCCAUAUCUCGCCAAGGAGAAGCCGCCCGCCGUCAUCUUCUCUCCCCCUCUGUCCCCCUCUGUCCUCCUCUGCCGACCGAGACGCCGCCCACGUCGGCGACGACGGCAGCGCGGCCGAUGUGGGAGAGGAAGCGUUGCGGCAGCGCCUCGGGCCCCGACGCAAACUUGUAGAAGGUGGCCAUCGCCUCGAUCUUGCGCUGCUGCACCUCGUUGCCUCCGCCCGCCGUGAAGCGCGAGUUGACGGGCGACGGGUCAACUUUGAGGAGCUCGGCCGCUGCACCGACGACUUCAACGGCGCGCAGCUCAAGGCCGUCUGCGUGGAGGCGGGCAUGAUUGCGCUGCGCAACGAGCGGACAGAGAUUGUGCACGAGGAUUUUAUGGAGGGGCUGACGGCCGUGCAGGCAAAGAAGAAGGCGACGCUGUCCUAUUACGCGUGA